AGCCAGUGAUUAUUACGAUCUUUUUUUUCGUCCCAAAUCGUCCUCGACGAGUGAAACCUCGAAUCGAAGUUUUAAUUAAUAAUAACAGCACAAACCUCAUUUUUUCUACUUCGAAAUUUAAGAUUACUUUUAAUUAAAGGUAUUUUUUAUUUCUAUUAAUGUAAAAGUUUUAUUCAUCGUUGCUGUUUCUUUCAGAAUCGACCGACGUCGCUCUUGUCCUCCUCUAAGUAUAAUUUUUCAGGGUGCUACUAACAGAUGAUUGAAUGCGCUCUCUGUUUCAGAUCGGUCGAAGGAUUCGACAGGAUCCCAAGGUCUAGCGAGCUAUCCGCUACGGCACAGAAAAAAAUCGGAUAUGUACCGCGCACGCAGAAUGCUAAUGUCGAUGCUAAAUGCUUUUGUCUCCACACGUGCUGCGAAUGCCAGAAAACGUACAAGUCGCGGAUGGCCCUGAACCGGCACGUGCGAGAGGAAUGCGGCAGAAUCUUGUAUACCUGUCCGUACUGUCGCAACAUCAUGCCAAUGAAGUUCAAUCUAUUGAAUCACCUGAAGAAGGAGCACGGUUGCUAAGAUUUAACUCGACGAGUGAUUGCCGAAGAGACAAUUCUCUCUACUCGCUUCGCGAUCGUAUCGAUUCUCACGUUAAUACCGCUUAUCUACGAACGAGCGAAACUCUUUUGAAGUUCGAGUGGCAAAACGUGACACUUGUUUACAGUACAACGCUGUGAACGAUUAAGAGUAACAUUUGUGUUCAAACUUGCUGCGUUUCACAAUUGUAAUGUUAAGAAAAAAUGGUUCGAGAGAUAUUCUUCAGUGCUUUGUGCCGCGAAAAAUUUAUGAAAUUUCAUAUGUUGUGUAAAACGAGUUUAUUAUUAACACAGAUAUGCAACGUUAUAUAUUAUUAAAUGAUUAUCUAAGGUGUAUGAUUGUAGAAACUAUAAUACACAUUUUUUCUGAAAUA